UUCCUCUUCCCACCAAACCCCUUUUCUUUUCGUUUCUUCCUCCUCUUGCUCCCCAGGCACGUACCGGUGGACCUGUACAUCGCUGGGGUCUUUAUUUUUGUAUUUUAGCUCUAUUUUACAUAGAUAUAGAGAGAUAUAUCCCCGCACCCUGAAAUAUCCCUGCGCAACUCCCAAGCCAGCCAUGUCUGACGCUGCUGUGGAUACCAGCUCCGAGAUCUCCACCAAGGACUUGAAAGAGGAGAAGGAAGUUGUGGAAGAGUCAGACAAUGGCAGAGGUGCCCCCGAGAACAAGGAAAACGGGGAGCAGAAAGCCGACAAUGAGGUAGACGAGGAAGAAGAAGAAGUUGGUGAGGAUGAGGAAGAAGGUGAAGAAGAAGAUGGCAAUGAGGCUGAGGGACCCACAGGGAAGCGGGCAGCUGAGGAUGAUGACGGCAAUGCCAAGAAGCAGAAAACCAAUGGAGACAAUUAGGAGGCAGAGUAAAUUUAAAAAACACACAUUUUUUUUAAAAAAAACUUAGGAUUAAAAAAAAAUGCCAGCAUGACCAGUUCACCUUUGAAGUUCCUGUCGUAAAAUGUCCCCUCCUCUUCCUCCCCACUACCACCUUUUCGCUGUGCUCACUUGUCAUCAAGUAGAGCGGGGGGGGGGCAGCCCUUCUCCCAAUUCUGAGUGGAAUGAAAGUGGGGAAAGGUCUCCACUUUCUUUACCCAUUAUGCCACUUUUUGGGGGAGGCAGGGUUGGUGGAGCAGAGAAGUUAAGGUACUGCCCCCCACCCUGCCUCUUCUCCCCACGGAAGACUUCAAAGCCCAGUGUGCUUUCUUAAAAGUGACUUUGAAGGAUAAUUUGU